GUAGAUUCAGUUGCUCUGGAGGGAUGCUUGUUUCCUAUUCUGUUAAGUCCACCAAGACAAACAGAAGAUCCUCUUUUUGUUCUGUAUGGAAUUCAUGGUAAAUUAGGGGUAACCUCAGUCACCUACCAUGAUGGUUUUGUGUAUAGCACAGGCCGUGAUGGGCUCUAUCGCCAGCUGAAGAUUGAAGGAGGCCAGCUAAUCGUACUCCGCAAACUGAAGUCUUGCAAGGGCAUGGAAUGGAUUGAGCGUCUAUCAUUUAUGCUGGAUGGCAACUUACAGAUUCUUGGCUUCCAUUCCACUGACUUUGUGGUCUGGAACUCUAAAACCAACGAGAAGCUCCAUUGUGUUCCAUGCGGAGGAGGACACCGAUCUUGGAGCUACAAGAAGGAAGGUCCUAGAGACGUUUUUGCCUACAUUAAAUCUGGUGAUAUAUUUGCCUACCAGAGCCAGCCGUUAGAAACCAUACAAAGUGUGCUAAAGGAGCCGUUGCAUGGCCGAGAAUUGACUUGCAUUAAGUAUGCUGGAAAUGUGAAACUCAAGGGGAAACACAUCCACAUUUUGAUUACAAGCAGUGAGGAUACAACCGUUAAUGUUUUUAGCUUUUAAUGAGGUUUCCAAAGAGAUUUGGCAGCUUUCAACCAUUAGUGACCACCUGUCUAGUGUGAGGACGUUGGCUUUGACCCAAACUAAAUCUCAGCCACUGGAGAAUGGCAUCCUUUCUUGUGUGCUCUUCACCGCCGGGGGUAGAGCACAGAUAGAGUGUUACCGACUUCUGGUCCAAGCACAGGAGGAUGUAGGUACCGUGACAUGCCAGGUCAUCCACUUGGCCUCCCACAGGCUGGACGAACAUUGGGACAGGAUGAAGAAUAAGCAUCGGAUGAUAAAGGUGGACCCAGAAACCAGGUACAUGUCCAUCCAAGCCCUUGAUGACGUCGUCCUGGGCCCAUCAUCCUCUCGUCUUUUCCUUGCCGCUGCCUGCAGUGACGGAUCUGUAAGGUUUUUCAUGAUGUGUGAGAAUUUGCGGAAGAUAAUUCUUGUAGCGGAGACCUUCUAUCACCAGCGAUGUGUGCUGAAGAUGGAGGCUUUUGUACAGCGAUCUGCAGACUCUGAGAGGUGGAGAUCCAUGAAACGUUCUGUAGUAAUGACUGAGCACCUCACCUCCUUAUG